AUGACAAAAGACCCCGAUUUGAAACCCAUUCAUCCCGGAGAGAUAUUAAAAACAGAAUUCUUGGAGCCUUUAAAUAUGAGUGAAGGAGAAUUGGCUCAACACUUAAAAGUUGAAGAGAAAAUUAUUAAAGAGUUAGUUCAAGCAAAAACUAGUUUGACCGUAGAUUUGGCUUACCGCCUUUAUUACUAUUUUGGAGUUAGUACCGAAUAUUGGCUAAACUUCCAAAAAAAUUAUGACUUGGAGACUUACCAAGAAUUAGCAGAAAAAGAAAUUAGGAAGCAAAUUCAACCUUAUCCACACGAAGCAAAAUAUUCAACACGACGAGCAAGGCGAAAAGGAAAUUGGAACUUCUUUGAAGCAAGAAGCUUAAAAUUUUAUAUAUUAAAAACCGAGGGCAAACAAUUAAUUAUGUCCUCCGAAGAUAAUCAAGAAAGUUUACUCAAAGUAAUUCAAGACACUCAAAAGAAUCAAAUUUUAAUGUCUGUAAUUGGUGCCAUAAAUGGUAUGGCUGGUUUGGGAAGAAUUGCUAAAACUAAAUUACGACACAAAGCAGAAUUGGAACGAGAGUAUUUAGAAUUAAAAACUCUCGAAAGAGAAGCAGCUUAUGAAGCCCAAAUGAGCCAAUAUCAAGCCGACUUAACUAGUGAGACAAAAAAAUCAGAUUCAGAGUCAAAAGAAAACGGGAAAGGAAAGGCUGAUAAAACUUUGGAGGGAACAGUAAAUAAAGUUCAAUCAGGAAUAAAACAAGCCAAAGGAGUUGCUGACCAAAUUAAAGAUUUAAAAGAUAAGAUUUUUAGUGCAGAGAAAGAAAAAUAA